AUGACGCUUAAUCUCGAUACCGAAGAUGUUCUGUACAGGCUAGCCUGUGAAUGUGAAGGACUCUUUGACCAACUACAAGAGAACUUACUUAAAAUAAAGCUAGAGGCUACGAUUAUCGACCUAUUCGCCGAAUUUCAACAACGAUUUUCCAUAUGGGCCGCGCAUCUCGGAGUGUUCAGCCGGAAGAGCCAAUGUCUAGACACGAGACUCCGAAACCUCCCAGACCUUCAAGACCUUGUUGCUCGAUUACUAGAUAUCCUCCGCCGCAGUCUGCAGCAAUAUAAGAAUCAAGCGGAUACUCGAGGAGAAGUAGAUCAGGCUCCGAUAGGCUUCGAUGAUUCAAAUCGCGAGGCCUCGAUAUAA